AUGUUUGCAAACGGGACUCUUCUCCUGCUCAACAUCAAUAGAUCCGACACCGGGAUUUACACAUGCGUGUCCCAUGAAGGCCCGGAAGAGAGCAUUUCUGAUACCAUCGACAAUGACGAAAUACCAGAUCAUCGAUCCCCAGUUCAAACUAUGCGCACAGAUGGUGAAAACUACGGAUAUGUGUCGCUUUCGGGAACAAAAUGGACUGUUUCUGCUAAACUGGAUGUUUAUUUCCCACCGGAGGCCCAUUUGACUCAGAAACAGCCAAUCUAUUUAGGAUUCAACGGACCCGGUCGUUUGCCUUGUACCGUUUCGGCCAAUCCAGCGGUGGAUUUUAUUGAGUGGGAAAAGUUGUACAACUCAAGCGUCUAUUCAGCCAACUCGCUCAGAAUGGCCUCAUUCAGUCCAACUGGGAAUCGAAGUUCACAAGUCUGGCCGGUGUUGGUCACUGUCAAUCAGUUGGGAUGCAAACAAGAAACCGGGAACAAGCAGACGUUUGUCACCACAAGUGUUGCCACAGUUUGUGCGGUCAUCGUCAAUUUUGUGAGUAAAACAACCAUGACACCACCGAGCCAAGAUAAUUGA